AUGCGUAGGGACAAGGGACGAUCAGGAGAUGAUGCAGCAGUCAGGCUAGUUGGAGCAGUGAGAACCCUUCAGAAGAUUCUUGGGACUCAGUUUCAAGUCUGGCACCUUCAGGACGACCAGCCUGGGCUGGCAAGCAGCGCAGCCGGCUCUGCGAAGGCCCCACCGCUUCGGGUGCACGUGCCAGACAGCCGGGCCACCUCCCUCCACCAGUGUCACCCGGCGCCGCUUGUUGCCUGCUGUAGCCGCCCUCUGUGUCGGGGCCGGAGGGCCGCGCCCGUCCUGACGAAUGAGACUGACUCAGAGUUCGGGAGGGGCGCGGAGCAGCCCCGCAGCCCGAUUCUGUGGGCCAUCUCCGCCUUUCUGUUAACCAGCGGGCGUCAUUUCUUUCGGGACGUUGAGUCUCAACAGGGGAACUGCCCUCUAGGGAGACGUUCCCUGCCUGGGGUCUCCUUAUGUCAGGGACCAAGUUCCCCUGACAGCAGGAAGAUUGUCUUUGACAACAGUAGUAUCUUCAGUGUUCGCUACUUCAGAACCACAGCUGUGUGCAAGGAUGAUGUGAUUACAGUCAUUACCCCAGCGUUUGCUGAAUCUGUCACAGAGGGAGAUGUCAGGUGGGAGAAAGCUGUUGGAGACACAGUUGCAGAAGAUGAAGUGGUUUGUGAGAUUGAAACGGAUAAGACAUCUGUGCAGGUUCCAUCACCAUCAAAUGGUGUGAUUGAAGCUCUGUUGGUACCUGAUGGAGGAAAAGUCGAAGGAGGCACUCCUCUCUUCACACUCAGGAAAACUGGUGCUGCUCCUGCUAAGGCCAAGCCAGCUGAUGCACCUACCGCAGCUCCAAAAGCAGAGCCUACAGUAUCAGCAGUUCCUCCUCCCACUUCAGCCUCCAUACCUACUCAGAUGCCACCGGUGCCCUCACCCUCACAGCCUCCUUCUAGCAAACCAGUCUCUGCAGUUAAACCCACUGCUGCACCUCCACUGAGUGAUCCAGGAGCUGGCCGAGGUCUGCGUUCAGAACAUCGGGAAAAAAUGAAUAGGAUGCGGCAGCGAAUUGCUCAGCGUCUGAAAGAGGCCCAGAAUACAUGUGCAAUGCUGACUACUUUCAACGAGAUUGACAUGAGUAACAUCCAGGAAAUGAGAGCUCGGCACAAAGAUGCUUUCCUAAAAAAACAUAACCUCAAACUAGGCUUCAUGUCGGCAUUUGUGAAGGCCUCAGCCUUUGCCUUGCAGGAGCAGCCUGUUGUAAAUGCAGUGAUUGAUGAUUCAACCAAAGAGGUGGUGUACAGGGACUACAUUGACAUCAGUGUUGCAGUGGCUACUCCACGGGGUCUGGUGGUUCCUGUCAUAAGGAAUGUGGAAACUAUGAAUUAUGCAGAUAUUGAACAAACCAUCAGUGAACUGGGAGAGAAGGCCCGAAAGAAUGAACUUGCCAUUGAAGAUAUGGAUGGUGGUACUUUUACCAUUAGCAAUGGAGGCGUGUUUGGCUCAGUCUUCGGAACACCUAUCAUCAACCCCCCUCAGUCUGCCAUCCUUGGCAUGCAUGCCAUUUUUGACAGGCCAGUGGCUGUGGGGGGCAAGGUGGAGGUGCGGCCUAUGAUGUACGUGGCACUGACCUAUGAUCACCGGCUGAUUGAUGGCAGAGAGGCUGUGACUUUCCUCCGCAAAAUCAAGGCAGCAGUAGAGGAUCCCAGAGUCCUCCUCCUGGACCUUUAGGAGGCCAUAUGUCCUACAAA